CACUGCUUACACUCACCCUGCUUCGGACUAAGGUGGUGGAAAACGUGACCGUCAGUAAGACCAUAAAGAUGCGCAUUUUCACGCGAAAUGCUCUCAAACAAUUGGCUUACCUGUACUCAUGGCGUGGCGAGGCGCUGACAGCGAAGGUUGCGCUGGGUCGCAGCGACACCGAGGUGGAUCAGCAGGCAGUGGAGAUGGUCCGAACAGCUGUGCACAAACUACUCCACCCACUCUGUUCCUCGAUCGUUUAUGGACUGGUCUUUCGAGAACGUAUGUCUUCGGAUGUUUCGCUACCAAAUAAUCACCUGUUGCACCUCCUCCUCUCACCUCCCAUGCAUAACGCCUUUACGGAUCCGUUGCGACGCCAGCUGGUUGUUGACUGCCUGCUCGCCUGCCCCGGUCUCCUGCCUGGCUACUUCAGUCACUGGCGAACCUCCCUUGAGCCUCGGGACUCAGACAACUGGCGGGACCUGAUACACUUCGUCCAAGAGGUGAGCAUCCUACCAACUCGU